UUUCUUGAGUUUUGGAUAUGAGGUCUGUAAAUGGUUUCCUUUAUCUAAUAAGAUCAUUUUUUUUCUCUCUUCCCCUGUUUCUUUCUUCUGUAGUUUCGGUUGUAGAAAUGGGUGUGGCAUUAUCACGGCUCGUGAGGAUGCUCUUUGCAAAGCGGGAAAUGAGGAUUCUGAUGGUAGGUCUUGAUGCUUCUGGCAAGACAACAAUUCUGUACAAGCUGAAGCUUGGAGAGAUCGUUACCACCAUACCCACCAUCGGUUUUAAUGUCGAAACUGUGGAAUACAAAAAUGUUAGCUUCACAGUUUGGGAUGUAGGAGGGCAAGAUAAGAUUCGACCUUUAUGGAGACACUACUUUCAGAACUCUCAGGGAGUUAUUUUUGUGGUGGAUAGCAAUGACAGAGAACGAAUUUCUGAGGCCAGAAAUGAGCUACAGCGAAUGCUCAGUGAGGAUGAACUGCGUGAUGCAACACUGCUUGUAUUUGCAAACAAGCAAGACCUACCAAAUGCAUUGAGUGUCUCUGAGAUCACCAAUAAACUUGGACUACAGUCACUUCGUCAGCGCCGGUGGUACAUACAGAGUACUUGUGCCACUUCAGGUCAAGGCCUUUAUGAAGGACUCGAUUGGUUAUCCAACAAUAUCUCUAGCAAGGCAAGAGUGUCUUUCCUGUAUCUUUCUUGAUCACCCAAUUUUCAUGUGCUAAUACUUGUGCUGAUCAGUCAUUUCAUUUAUUUUCUCUUGCAGGCA